AUGGCGACCUACUACGAUUACGGCGGUGGAGGGAACCAGCAAAGCGGGGGAAGUGCUGGAGGAGGUGGUGGCUACUAUGGUGGUUCAGGCUUCGCUCAACAGCAACAACAGCAGCAACCUGGUGCAGGGAGCUAUGGUGGCUAUGGCAAUCCACAGCAGUGGCAACAACAACCCGACCAAAUGCAGCAACAGACAGGUGGAUACUCCAACCAAGAACAGCAAGGGUACCCUGGCCAACCGCAGCAGCAACAAAAUAUGUGGAAUCCAGCCGCUGUGGCUAGCUUUGCAGCGGCGGCUGGUGCCAUGAACAAUGACGCCAUGUUGGACAUGGCGAAGCAGGGAGCCACCAGCUUUAUUCAGAGUAGGACAGCUCAAAUGAUUCCAGGGUUGGAGAGUGGAAUGCUCAUGCUUCGAAACUAUUUUGCAGUCGACAACAACUAUGUCAAAUCGAAAAUCCAAAAGGUACUAUUUCCAUUCCGAUCGAAUCAUUGGAAACGAUUGCAAAAGAACCCGCCCCAACCAGAUUACGCACUUCCCAAUGCGGACGAGAAUGCUCCUGAUCUGUAUCUACCGGCCAUGUCUCUGAUAACCUACGUGCUGCUGUGCGCCCUCUGCUACGGCACUGCCAAACAUUUCGAUCCAGAGGUGAUUCCAGAUGUAACGACAAAAUGCUUUGUGACGCAAGUCUUGGAGGUUCUGGUCAUUCGGGUUGGUUUCCAUCUGAUGCAGGCCGAAAUCCCCAUUCUCGACCUGUUCAGUUACACUGGUUACAAAUAUGUCGGACUCUCCAUCAAUAUGUUUGUGGGUCUCUUGUUGGGUCACUUAGGAUACGGUCAUCGAGCAUACUACAUUACGUUCCUGUGGACCGCAUCCGCCAUUUCCUACUUUAUGCUCAAGACAAUGGCCAACAAUAUUCCAGUUGUGACGGCGGCCACGGGACCAAAGCGAGAAGUCAUGGUGGUGGCAUUUGCUGGUUCUCAAUUUGCAACAAUGUGGUUUGUGAGUCAAACCAAAUUCCUCUAG